UCAGUUACUACUUUUUGAAUUCAGCUUUUAUCUGUGUUAUUGUAAAGAAUGAUGAUUAAGGAUUAGUUAUAAAUUUCCAAGAUUAUUCUUUAAAUAUUCAGCUCAGCAAGAUUUAAGAUUCAGUUUGAGGUGGUUCAUGACUUUAUGUAUUCUUUAAAGUGGAAAUGAAUGGAAUCACCAUGGCAAUUCCCAGCUUUUCACCAGUGACUUUCUGCUGCCCCUCCAUGACCUUCAUCAUGACUGCUUCUCAAACUUCCUCUCAUGGAUACACUUUUAUUCUUCGCUCAGUCUCAGCCUCACUGAGAUGCACUCCUCCACUCCUUCCCUUCUACUCUCAUCUAAAAUACGUUUACUUGGGCGCAUGCCUUUGGCAGGGAUGUGCUUUUCCCAGCGUUGGCCAGGAGAGGAGAAAGCGAGGGGGCCUUUUCAGCCAGGAGUGACAGAUCUUUUAUUAAAAGAGGCUGGGCCCCCUUCACAUACACACACACACGCACACACACUCACAGAAACACUUACACAACCACACACCCUCCCUAUCCUCGUCUGGCCCAUUGUCAUCAGGCUUGGUACGGCUGAAGCCCUCCCCAAACCACCCCCCCUGCUGUGAGCUUUGUCACUGUAAGUCUCAGUGCAGCCUGAAAGCGUGCAGAACCGUCUAAAUACGCUUGCACACACACAUUACUUUCUCUUUUUUUCCCACAGACACUUUCUCCACGGCAUUCAGAGUAGGUCCUUUGCUUGUCAAAAUGCAUAGAGUAUGACUGUGAAGAUUUUGGGAGACAUUAGGGAAUAGGCAACAGAGAGAGAGAGAGUCAGAGUGAGAGAGCAAGAGGAUGGAUGAGAGUAGAAAGGUAUGGAAGGCAACGCUAGCCAUUAUCAUGAUUUGUGCAAAAAAUGUGUUUGUGUUGAUACACACAGCAUUCCGCUGGAGAUAAACUCUUUGGCCUCAUCACCCCUUGCCCCACCCACCUGCCCCCUUACAAGUGCUGCUUACUCAAGUGUGUACAUGUGUGUAUUGGGGGAAACCACAGCUCAGUACCUAGUCCUUCGCACCCAAAUAUUCAGUGUAUCACAGCAACCGGGUGAGAAAGAAGCAAACAGACAGAAAGAGCGUGAGUGCAGAAAGGAGACAAGUGAAGAGAUGCCGUCCAAGACGGUUACUUGGGCCGCUGAUGCUGCCACCAGUUUCUUACGUGCUGCCCGAUCAGGUAACCUGGACAAGGCUCUGGACCACAUCAAGAAUGGCAUAGAUAUCAACACAGCCAAUCAGAAUGGACUCAAUGGGUUACAUCUGGCCUCGAAAGAGGGUCAUGUUAAAAUGGUGCUGGAACUACUGCACAAUGGAAUCGUACUUGAGACCACCACAAAGAAAGGCAACACUGCCCUCCACAUUGCUGCAUUGGCUGGACAAGAGCAUGUGGUCACUGAGCUGGUUAACCAUGGAGCCAAUGUCAAUGCCCAGUCACAGAAGGGCUUUACUCCCCUCUACAUGGCAGCACAAGAGAAUCACCUAGAGGUUGUGAAGUUCCUUUUGGAGAACGGGGCCAAUCAGAGCAUUCCAACUGAGGAUGGCUUUACCCCACUAGCUGUGGCUCUUCAGCAGGGUCACGAGAACGUAGUGGCCCUGCUCAUUAACUAUGGCACUAAGGGAAAGGUCCGCCUCCCCGCACUGCACAUAGCAGCACGCAAUGAUGACACACGCACUGCCGCCGUACUUCUACAAAACGACCCCAAUCCGGAUGUACUCAGUAAGACAGGCUUCACGCCGCUCCAUAUUGCAGCACAUUAUGAGAACCUAAAUGUCGCCCAGUUGCUGCUGAACAGAGGAGCUAACGUGAACUUCACUCCCAAGAAUGGGAUUACACCUCUGCACAUUGCAUCCAGGAGGGGUAACGUGAUCAUGGUCAGGCUUCUGCUGGACCGAGGAGCAACAAUUGAUGCUAAGACUAAAGAUGAGCUGACCCCACUUCACUGUGCUGCCAGAAAUGGCCAUGUUAGGAUUAUUGAGAUCCUGCUGGAACAAGGAGCCCCCAUACAAGCCAAGACCAAGAAUGGUCUCUCCCCAAUUCACAUGGCUGCUCAGGGGGACCACAUGGACUGUGUGCGACAGCUCUUGCAGUAUAAUGCUGAGAUUGAUGAUAUAACAUUAGACCACCUGACACCACUACAUGUGGCAGCACACUGUGGGCAUCACCGCAUGGCCAAAGUGCUGCUGGACAAAGGAGCCAAACCUAACACCCGUGCACUGAAUGGAUUUACACCUCUCCACAUAGCCUGUAAGAAAAAUCACAUCCGUGUGAUGGAUCUACUCCUAAAACACUCGGCAUCCUUGGAAGCUGUGACAGAGUCGGGGCUCACCCCUCUUCACGUCGCCUCCUUUAUGGGCCAUCUCAACAUAGUGAAGAUUCUGCUGCAGAAGGGAGCCUCUCCAAAUGCCUCAAAUGUGAAAGUGGAAACACCCCUGCACAUGGCAUCUCGAGCAGGUCACUGUGAAGUUGCAGAGUUUCUGUUACAGAAUGCAGCUCCAGUGGAUGCCAAAGCCAAGGAUGACCAGACACCGUUGCACUGCGCUGCCCGCAUGGGCCACAAAGAGCUAGUGAAGCUGUUGCUGGAGCACAAGGCCAAUCCCAACUCCACUACCACGGCUGGACACACUCCACUACACAUCGCUGCCAGAGAGGGACACACACAGACUGCCCGUAUCCUGCUCGACAUGAAUGCUCAGCAGACCAAGAUGACCAAGAAAGGCUUUACCCCCCUCCAUGUGGCAGCAAAAUAUGGGAAGGUGGAUGUUGCAGAGUUGCUUCUCGAAAGAGGGGCAAACCCUAAUGCUGCAGGCAAGAAUGGGCUCACACCAUUGCAUGUGGCUGUUCAUCACAACAAUCUGGACGUGGUCAACUUACUGGUUAGCAAGGGCGGAUCACCACAUAGUGCAGCAAGAAAUGGCUACACUCCUCUCCAUAUUGCAUCCAAGCAGAACCAGGUGGAGGUUGCCAGUAGCCUGCUGCAGUAUGGUGCCUCCGCCAACGCUGAGUCAUUGCAAGGGGUCACACCCCUGCACUUGGCCUCUCAAGAGGGUCGAGCAGAUAUGGUCUCCUUGCUCAUCUCCAAGCAGGCUAAUGUUAACCUAGGCAACAAGAGUGGCUUGACUCCACUUCACCUUGUUGCCCAGGAAGGUCAUGUGGGCAUUGCUGACAUUCUGGUGAAGCAGGGUGCAUCAGUGUAUGCUGCUACACGGAUGGGCUAUACUCCACUUCAUGUGGCUUGUCAUUAUGGCAAUAUAAAAAUGGUGAAAUUCCUCUUACAGCAGCAGGCCAACGUUAAUAGCAAGACGAGGGCGGGAUAUACACCUCUUCACCAGGCUGCCCAGCAGGGCCACACUGACAUUGUGACAUUACUUUUGAAACAUGGUGCACAGCCCAAUGAAAUUACUACUAAUGGUACAUCUGCACUGGCCAUUGCAAAGCGGCUUGGAUAUAUCUCAGUCAUUGAUGUCCUUAAACUGGUUACUGAAGAAACAGUUACUAUGACUACGAUUGAAAAACAUCGGAUGAGUUUCCCUGAGACAGUUGAUGAGAUCUUGGAUGUUUCUGAGGAUGAAGGAGUCGCACAACUAACGCUAGGCGAGGAGCUGCUGGGGACAGAAGGUGCCAGGUACUUGAAGAUGGACGACAUGAAGGACCAUGAUGAAGAUUUCCUCUCCCCCAAGCCAGUGCUAGAAAACUACUCACCUGCUCUUCCAAGGAUUCCUUGUGUCUCCCCUGAAACUGUCAUGUUGAAAGAGCAUGAAAUGGAGCAGCAGCACACCCCUAUCCCGAUGCCCAAAGAUUAUGAUGAAGACUCUCUGAUCCCCAGCAGUCCAGCCACAGAGACUUCAGAUAACGUCAGUCCAGUGGCCAGCCCCAUCCACACUGGCUUCCUGGUCAGUUUUAUGGUGGAUGCUAGAGGUGGCUCAAUGCGAGGAAGCAGACAUAAUGGUCUGCGUGUCAUUAUCCCACCGCGGACAUGUGCUGCCCCCACGCGCAUCACCUGCCGCUUGGUCAAGCCCCAAAAGUUGUCCACUCCACCCCCCUUGGUGGAGGGUGAAGGACUGGCCAGCCGAAUCAUCUCCCUUGGGCCAGCUGGCAUGCAGUUCUUGGGGCCUGUGAUUGUGGAGAUCCCUCAUUUUGCAGCACUUGGUCGGGGAGACAGAGAGCUGGUGGUGUUGAGGAGCGAAAAUGGUUCUGUCUGGAAGGAGCAUCGCAAUCGUUAUGGCGAUGAAGUGUUGGAGACGAUUUUGAAUGGCAUGGACGAAGAUUUAGAAAGUCAGGAGGAGCUUGGAAAGAAACGGAUCAGGCGCAUCAUCUCUACUGACUUUCCCCUCUACUUUGCCGUGGUCUCCCGCAUCCAACAGGAGAGUGAACUGAUUGGCCCUGAGGGGGGUCACCUGACCAGCAAAAUUCUACCCAUGGUUCAGGCCAGUUUUCCUGAGACAGCCGUCACCAAGAGGGUUCGUCUGGGACUGCAGGCUCAGCCGGUCCCUGAUGAACUAGUGGCUAAGCUGCUGGGUAACCAGGCCACUUUCAGCCCUGUGGUGACCGUAGAACCAAGGCGCCGCAAGUUCCAUCGGCCCAUCGGGCUCCGCAUCCCUCUGCCCCCCUCCUGGAGGGAAAGCCCACGAGACGCUGGCGAGGGAGACACCACCAGCCUUCGUCUUCUUUGCAGUGUCAUUGGUGGUACUGCCCCAGCCCAAUGGGAGGAUAUAACUGGCACCACCAAGCUCGUAUAUGCCAAUGACUGUGCCAAUUUUACCACCAAUGUGUCUGCACGUUUCUGGCUAGCUGACUGUCCUCGAACUGCAGAAGCAGUUUCCUUUGCCAACCUACUGUACCGUGAGCUAUCAGCUGUGCCAUACAUGGCCAAAUUCGUGGUCUUUGCUAAGAUGAACGAGGCAAGGGAAGGCCGAUUACGCUGCUACUGCAUGACUGACGACAAGAUGGACAAGACCUUGGAGCAGCAUGAGAACUUCACUGAAGUGGCCCGCAGCAGAGACAUUGAGGUGAUGGAGGGCAUGCCAUUACACUUGGAAUGUUCUGGUAACUUGGUCCCCAUGAGGAAGGCUACCCAACAGCCCCGCUGUUUUAGUUUCCAGGCAUUUAGAGACAACAGACUUCCUGUCUCUGUGAAGGUGAGAGACAGCAGUAAAGACCCAGCCGGUUUCUUGUCUUUUUUGCGCAAGUCUACCAAAUAUGAGGACAGCCAGCAAGUACUCUGUAACCUUAAUAUUACCAUGCCACCAUGCAUAAAGAUCGUAGGUGGUGAGGACCGAAGGAGGACCCUGACUCCUUUGGCCCUUAGAGAGAGAUACAGUGCUCUCAAUGAACCAAGUAUGGCAUCAAUGAGCGCCAUGGAAAGGACGGAGUUAAAGAUGGCUUUAAUAGCUGAACAGCUGGGACUGAGCUGGGCUGAGCUGGCUCGAGAACUCCAGUUCAGUGUGGAUGACAUUAACAAGAUUCGAGUGGAAAACCCCAAUUCACUCCUCGAGCAAAGCUCAGUGCUCCUUAACUUGUGGGCUAGCCGAGAAGGAAAGAGGGCCAAGAUGGAGAGCCUGUUCAUGGCUCUGAAGAGCAUUGACCGAAUGGAUAUUGUGAACAUGCUGGAGGGACAAGGGCAACAGACAGGUCAGCAAGGAGGUCAUGAAAUGUCCAGACGCGGACACAAUGACCGAGACCACCUCUCUCCUGGCAUGACAAAUGGUUAUGGACUGGUGAUGCAGGAAGAACUGCUCUCGCCGGCCUCCAUGCAGUAUAGCCUGCCUUCUCCACUGGGCCAUGAGCCCUAUUGGCAGGAAGUAUCAAGCAUGGAGUGCGCACCUAUCGCCACCACGGAGGAGGAUACACUUAUGGAGAUGUCCGAAGUGCAGGUGUGGCCCACGGGCAACAGCCCCUCACUAGUGACCGUUGAGGAUUCCUCGCUGGAAUGCAGCAAUGCAGAUGACUCAGAAGGCCUGCUCUAUGGAAGCCUGGGGAGACCAGGGAGUGUGACACCAGGUGGAGGACGUGUACCCGGGGGGCUUGGUGGCACUGGAGGUCUGAGCGGCUCUAUUGAGCUGCUGGAGGACCAGUCUAUUGGGGCAGACUCUGAGCACAGUGCUGCUGCCACGCCUGGCACAAGCGGAGGGGUCAACAUCAAUGGGCUGGACAGAGGUCAAGGGUUGGAGAUGGACGAGAAGGCAGAGGGGCCUGCCGUAGAUGCAGGCAGGAGCAUUUCUGGAGGAGCGAAAGAGGGCUUUGGAGGAGGAGGAGAUGGCACAGGCUUAGAGGAAGGCUUGUCUCUCAUUACAGGGCAGCAGAGGGUUUAUGCUCGAAUGAGUGAGUCACCUGGGCUUAGCCGAGUAGCUGAUCGCAAUGGUGACAGAUCAAGUGGCGGUUCUUUCCUGUCAUACCUCCAGGACCAAUCUAGCCCUGGAUGGCACACUGUGCCAGAUCCUGUCCAGAACUGGGUGGGAACUUCUCAGUCCCCCAGUCCCAGGCAGGCCAUGGAGUCCAUGAUGUCAUCAGUGCGGGCAGCAGUGGAUGGAGAUCCAAGUCAAUCCCACCUGUCCCAGGAAGCCUUGCUCCAGCCAGUGCGGGAUAUGGGGCACUCUGAGAUACUGAGAGGGCAUUUUCGAGGAACCCAGCCUUUUGAGAAGGGCUUAGGUUUUCCCCACAGAGUACCUGAACUUCGGGGAUGGGAAGAGAUGCGUCUCAGAGGACAGGGUGAUGAGGCCAAGGAUCUUCCUGGAGAGCAAGUGAGGGAGGAGCAGUUUACAGAUGAGCAUGGCAACAUCGUCACCAAAAAGAUUGUGCGGAAGGUGGUUCGGAGGGGGAAGGAUGAGGAGGGGGUUCAGGAGCUCAUUAUAGAAGGACUACCGCAGGAAGUGGAUGAGCUGGACGGUGACACCGAGCAGUUCAUGAGCUACGCUGUGCUGGGGCGAGAAAGUAUGCCGGAGGUUGUGGAUGUGAAGAAGGGUGGGGCUCAGAUAGUGAAAUGUGCCACUCUGCGGAGAGCUAAGCAGUGAGCAAGGACUUGUCUCCCACACCAAAACCUUUUCUCGUAGACACAUGAUGGGCAGCAGGUGCUGAAGAAAAGUGGAAACUGGAGAGUUUGAAAGCAGGCAGUGGACGCCAGUACCAAUAGAUGGCUUUUAUGACUUCUUUUUAAAACAUACCUAAAACAAGAACUAGGCUAGAGGCAUGAUUUCAUAUAAAACGAAAACUGAAUCUAGGAAAAAAAAAAAAAAAAAAAGCAUCCGGAAAGUGCUUCCUAUAAUCUUCUGUAUCAGCAUGUGAGAGUGCUGUCGCAUGGCCUGCCUUUACCUACACCACAGACAGCAAAGGAUUAUGAGACUCAUGAUUGUUUAAGGGCAUGAAAAGUGACAAGAGUUAGCCCCACAGAGUGGGUCAGGGAUUUUUGGGGCUAUCAAAACCAGGAUGCCAGCCCAGAAUGUUGUAUUUUAGAAAGAACAAGUUUCACAAGGGAUAUGCAAAAAGCUAGUACAACCACAUAGCAACAUCAAAACAAGCAACAGUUCUCCCUCCAGCUCUUACGAAUUUGAGUCUUCCAAUAAAAAUGCAUUGUAGCUCAUUCUAAUGUAGAACUUUUGAAUAUUAUCACACUUGGAAAAAAUUGUCCUUCUAGCACUUGGUACUGUACAUAACGCAGUAUAUGCACUCAAAUACUACAUGAAUGUUCGUUGUGUCUGUGGGUGUGGUUUAUGUUACAGCCAAAAAAGAAAAAACGCAAAGAAAAAAAAGAAACUAUUCUAUCAAAAUGCGAUGAGGAUGCUGCUGUUGUCCUGAUAACUUCUCUGCCGUUGUUCCUGUUUGGUUCAGAUCAGACAUGUAUAAUGUCAAUAUCCAAAAUAGUUGCUUGAGACAGAUUUUGGGAAUGAUUUUCCGCUUCUGUGUUUUUUAAAUAUCCUGCACCUGAGGUUUUUUUGCUGCUUUUUUAAUGUUUCGUUUCAUCCUUUCACCUGGGAAAAACAGUAAAGGGAUUGCCUGCCAUAGAUAUUAUUUUUGGACGUCAUGCUGCUCUUCAACUGCCUUUCUUUGAGAUACAUAGUGGACAAGAGGUUUAUGGAGGGUAUUAUUACUUGCAAGUGGCAUAGCAUGAGUGAAAGAAUGUUAACUUCUAGUCAUGAGGGGAGCACACACAUACACAAACACAAAACUGACAAAUACUUCUGUUCAGUGCAUAUGUAGCAACCAAGUCUUCCAUUACAAACAAUAUCAGUAGCUCAGGUUUAGUUUUCCUGUAAAAGAUGCUGUGUCCUAUACCAGAAAGGCAAUAUGAAUAGAAAUGGCCAUUGGCCAAGAAACUUUCAUUAGGUCUUUCUUUUUGUCUUAUAUUUUUAUAUUUAACAUUGGCAAUACACAGAGAUGACAUGGGUUACUGUACAAGGAAAAGGAGUAUUAUCAGACUGAGAUUUUUAAAAAACCAUGAACCGUCUGUUAAGUUCUUUUUUUAUAGAAACAUGAUUACAUAUAAAUACUGCUGUCAGUAACCACCUGGAUGCAAUAGACAUCAAACUGCAGGUGUGUAUCUGUGGUUUACCUAUGUACCCAUGUGCAUGGAGGGAUAUUAUUCCAAGAUAUUCCAAGUCUAUUUCUAAAACUAAUCUUUUAUUUACCCAUAUUGUAUUAUGGAGGUGUAAUUGAGUAAUUGAGUGGGACAUAGGAUAAGAUGUAUUUGGGGCAAGUACUAGAAGUACUGCCUAAGUGUGAAAGUUCAGUAUCCGUUUUUUCCAUUCAUCAAUUGCACAGUUUACAUAAUUAUGUAUCAUUUGUUUAUUGCACAAUUUUUUUAAGGCUGAAUGUUUUGGGACACCAAAGGAUACAUAACCAAAUCAAAGUGAGAUAAAACAAGAAAGUGACAAUAAAGACCUAUUGACAUUACUCCCAGUAACUUUUUAAUGCAGUAUGGAAUAGCGUUUCAAAACAAGAAUGACAUAGUUUCCUCACUGGGCAUUUUUCUGUGUUGGUAUAUAUCUUCAGUAGUUUGAUUCUACUUUCUUGUAGCUGCAUAGCAAGUUGGGGUAAUCUUGUGUCAGAAACUCAAACUGAGCAGCCGUUCUUAUAGUAGACUAGUAUACAUGUUGAUGUGUGUAAUGUUGCAAAUACUGACAGUCUUUUCAGUGCCAUUUUUCUUUAUUGAGCUCAGCAAAGACACUUAGCAACUAAACACUGUGACUAGACUGUAGCACUGUCCCAGCAAAGGCACACUACCCCAACACACACACACACAUACUCACACACUCACACAUUUCUGUGCUGUCAGACACAGUUCCACACAGGAACUUUCCUAAUGUAGCUUUUAAGCAUAGAAGAGAUUAUAACCUCAAUUGUUUAAAGCAGAUGCUAGACCAAAACUUGCAAACACUCUCUUUUUUAUAAAUAUACAGACCUCAGAUCUCUCCCCACAAUGAGGUAGUUCAUACAAGCACUAUAUUAAUUGUGUCAUUGUGGGAGUGUGGCUAUGUAUUUUUUUGUCCCCUUCUGAGGGAGACACGGGGAGUUAUGUGACAACUCACUUACAUUUCCAAAAAAAUAUUAAGAAAUAGCUUCUAUUUACCUCAUGGAACCAUGCAAAAUUUCAAAACUGCUCCAAAUCACUUUUGAGUUCUGAAUUUUUAAAGGUCAUUCCCUCAGGUUCUAAAUCAUGUUUUACAUUAGUUUAUGCUGUUGGAGUAUAUUAACAUGAACAUUUUUUAUUCAAAAUUAAAUAUUAUUCUCACUGUUAUGUUUAUACCUACUUAAUAUUUCAGAGCAGUUCAGUCAUUGUGUUAGCGCAAAAUUUUGAGGACCCAUAUUAUGGAAAACUGCCAUUUUUCUCACUUUUUUAAAUAAAUUUGAAAAUGAGAACUAAUAUGUAAACAUUGUUGAAGUUUCAAAUGCACCAUCCACUACCCAGUCCAUAUGGUCUUUCUAUGGACAUUAAGCUGCAGAAACAGUCUGUUUCGAAUUCAUUGUUUUUGUGACUUUUUUGGAAAAUGGUCAUGUAAAAAUGAAUUAUGACCAUUUUUGUAAUGGUUUCAUUUCAUUAGGCAGAAAAUAAAAUACAAGAAAAAUGUAGGAUACAGGCCUUAAAUAUGCAUAACUAUGAAACUAUUUGGAGCAAAGUUUUGAAGUUUUUUUUUACAGGCACAACCUGGUAAACAGAUAAACAGGUGAACAGAAAAUUCCAACCCUGAAUUUCAAAAAUGCCUAUUCCACAUAUUUCAAAGUUUUAUUCCAAAAAUAAAGAUAGGGCUUUACUGGUGUAGGGAGUACAGCAUCAUUUGUGCUUAUACUUAAAUACAGAAAGGAUGUGAGCUUAAUAGUUAUCAAACUUUAAGACACUUACUCAGUCCACAUUUUCAGAAGAAAAUCAGUGAGAGGAACUAAUUUAGUAUUAAAUUGUCUGGUGCCAUUCAUUUUUCCUUCAUCCACCAAUGGAUUUAGGGUUUGACCUUUUUGAUGUUCUUUACUCAUAAAGUAAAUGUUCAAAUGAAGGUAUUUUAUCCUAAAACUAUGCUUAUCAUCACUCAUAACCCCAUCACACACAUGAAUGCACCAUAAACCCUAGUGCCGAAGCUUUCAGAGAAAUGUGACAUAAAAAACAUAUCAGGGUGGACAGCUCACAUUAGAGCAGUCCUCUGAGGAUUAUGCAAACAACCCAGUAUUAUAUUUUACUUAGAAAUGUAGCAUUACCCACGAAUAGACAUGAUGUCAGAACAUAUUAGCUGUCCAUUGCCUAGAGCACUGUACCUCAUACCUUAGUUGAAUGUAACAAAAUUACACCUUACAAGAAUAUUUAGCAAAUUUCCAGUUAAAUAAGAGCCUGUACAUUAGGGUAUAACAUAUGAAUCCUAUUAUCACAAAAAUGUUGAACUCCUAACAAACCCUCAUCAAAAGAAUUAUGAAAACUAAAACCAAACUGACAUUAAACGGCACAUCAACAGGCUAGUUAUGCUUACAUGAGCAUUGAGGAAUAAGAUAUUAUAGAUGUAUUUUUAGAAAAGUAGCAUUGCAAAGGGCACAAAAAGCAUCUCAAACCCAAUAAAGUUGUCAGGUAGAAUAUUCCACAAUGUGUUAAAUGAUACUCACUAUCAAUAACAAAAGACAGCUUUUUACCAGUCUUUUUACUGGCUAUGCCAAAACAAUCUGUUGAAUAGUGUGUAUGUAAAUGCAUACAUUUCUGUAGUAUGAAUACUAUGGAUAUGUACAGUUUAUUUGUUGUAUUUUCCAAUAGAAUGCCAAACUUGGAAAACGCAAAACUGUUGAAAGGUUGUAAUGCUGUAAGUUAACCAAUGUAUGUAGUGAAUAUAUUACAAAAUUAUUCUGUGCAGCUUGAUCUUAUUUACUGACAUUAUUAUAUGGUAAUAUAAUUACUGUAUCCAAACUGGCUGCAAUGUUUAACACAUAUAUUACCUAGAGAGAAUGUUAUUGAUAUCCCUAACCAGGGUACAUUUACUAUAUCCAAAGUUUCCCAACAUAUUAAAUACAAUUACAUAGAGAGAAUGUCAUUGAUAUAUUCAUAACAAUACUCGAAAAGAAUACUUACGAUCUGAAGCAUUGUUUUGUGUACAACAAAUUCACUAAUUGCAAUUACUUGUCAUGCUUACCCAUUUUUCCUUUUUGUACUUUAUUUAAUCUUUUGUCCAUGGACAGGUGAUGUACAAAGCUUAUUUUUAUUUAUUUUGAGAUUAUUUUAAUUGCCAUUUUGAAAGAAAAUCUUUUUAAUGGACUCAUAACAGUACUAUGGUAGUUUUUCUCUUGAACUCACUGCUGAGUCUUUUAAAUACAGGUUUUCUGAAUGUCUAAGUGGCAGUAGAAGCCAAGGCUCAUAUUGAUAAAGGCCUGAAAAUGUUCUAGCUCAUAGACCCUUCUUUCGUUUAUUGUUAUUGUUUUGUUAUUAUAGAAUUUUUUGAUGUGCACAGAAACUGAUGUGAUUUUGUUCAUGAAUUCUGGGAUGUUAAUUUGGGAAAUCGACCUAGGGUUCAAAGUAUGAAUAUUAUGUAUGAAAGAAUGUAAAAUAUAUUAAGUAUGACCUCCUUCUAACCCUUCAUGGCUUCUUCCUUCCCGUUCAAUUUAAAAAACAUAGCCUUUGCAGGGAUCCAAUGAUCAGAAAAUCAGCCCAGUCCAAUGGAGUGUAUAAAAGAGAAGGGGUUCUAAAUAAACCACACAGUGGGCUGAUGUCAAUGCAGUGAUCAAACUGAUUUACGUGCAAAAAUGUAAACUGUUGCAAAAACUAGAGAACACUUGUACUCCUAACGUCUAGAGAAUGGACUGAAAUCAGUAAUGCAAUAGCAUAUUAUUCAUGAAAAGGAAUGCGCACAUGCACAAAAAAAUGUUUUUAAUAUAUAUACAGAGAAAUAUAUAUAUAUAAUAUACAUCCAUAUAUAUUUACCUAGAAUGCUUUGCAAUUGCUAAUGGGAAUUUAUUAUACUUCUGGGGAUUAGAGUUCUGUUAUGGAUGUACCUAUAGCAUCUUAGCAAAAGAGACAGGAAUGCCUGCUACCUGGGAAAUAAAGAGGCCCUGAGGGUCUUUCUGUUUCUUUAAUUUUAUUUUUUAUUGCUAUGGAAGAAGGAAAACAAUCAAAAGAUACCUAUAUGCAGGUCUUGGAUCAGACAUUAUCUGACCUAAGAUAUAUGUAUAGAUGACUUACCCUGUACACCAGCUGAAAAAUAUGAACAUUUACAGGAUUAAUAAAUUAAUACUCACAAA